AUGGUCAGAACAUCUCCUAAACUCCGCCAUUUUCUUUGGAGAUCCCUAUCUGGUGCCUUGUUAGUAAAGGACCGUCUACGUUCCCGUGGUAUCUUGAUUAACAGCACCUGUGGCUUCUGCUACUCUGGAUCAGAGACCAUUUGUCAUGUCCUCUUCACAUGCCCUAAAGCAAAAGAAGUGUGGGACUUAUCUCAGAUCCCAUUACCGCCAGCAGGGUUUUCCCGGAACUCUACCUUCCUGAAUCUGCAUCACCUCUUAAUGUGCAGUAAGAACAGCUACAUUGCCUCAAGCACACGUCUUAGGUUCCCGUGGAUUUUGUGGAAUCUCUGGAAAGCUCGGAAUUCUCUGGUAUUUGAUCAACUCCAUUAUACUGCCUCGUCCAUCAUAUCAAAAGCCAAGGAAGAUGCUGAUAUUUGGCUUAAGGUUGAUGCCCCUGAGCUUCCAAUCCCGAAAGUUUCUCCUUCGUAUCCUCUUAUGGGUACUUGGUGGAGAAAACCGUCACCAGACUUUGUUAAGUGUAACAUUGGCGCCUCUUGGUCUCCAGAUUACUUCACUUCUGGUGCUUCAUGGAUAGUACGUGAUCAUAUGGGAUCGGCUCUGUGCCAUCGCAGGAGAUCUAACGCCAUGUUUCCCAAGUUCCGCUCCCUUUUGGAUGAGAUCUUCUCCCUCCUCAGUGGAUUCAAUUCAUGGAGCCUUGAGCAUGUCCCGCCUGUAUGCAACUGUACUGCUAAUGCCAUAGCUAUCAGUGUACUGCAGCACAACAUGUAUCAAUCUUACAUUGGCAGAAGUGGUCCUGCAUGGCUACGGCACCUCAUAACUGGAGAGGCUUCCUUGGGUUAG